AGCGGAAGCGGAAACGCGCAGAGUUAUUAAAGGCUCCGCCCCGCCCCCAGCAGAGCCUUUUCCGUCUCCGGGAGUCGCCGCGAGUGCAGCCCGCAGCCCGAGAUCGCCGCCGCCGCCGCCAUGUCGGCACACCUUCAGUGGAUGGUUCUCCGGAACUGCUCCAGCUUCCUUAUCAAGCGCAACAAGCAGACGUAUAGCACGGAGCCCAACAACCUCAAGGCCCGGAACUCGUUCCGCUACAAUGGGCUGAUCCAUCGGAAGACGGUGGGCAUCGAGCCGGCCGCCGACGGCAAGGGCAUCGUGGUGGUGCUGAAGCGGAGGGCAGGUCAGAGGAAGCCCGCCACUUCCUACGUGAGGACCACAAUCAACAAAAACGCCCGGGCCACGCUCAACAGUGUCAGGCAUAUCAUCCGUAAGAACAAAUACCGCAAAGAUCUCCGCAUGGCCGCUCUGCGCCGCGCCAGCGCCAUCCUGCGGAGCCAGAAGCCGGUGGUGGUUAAGAAGAAGCGAACCCGUCCCCCCAAGAGCACUUGAGGUGUCCGGCCUCCUUGGGCUAAUAAAAGUCAUUGUUCUGUA